AUGCUUUCCCGAACGAAAUUUCUGGGUCGGUAUCGCCUCUUUCAUCCGAGGCGUGAGACCAUACCGCUGCACAUGAGCCCGGCAAAAUCUAUCUUUCCACUAAUCAAUAGCAACAACCUCCUUGCUAAACCUCGAAAUAACUGGAAAGACUUUGCUGGUAGAAAAGAAUUUGAUGAAGAUCACCCACUUCCCGUUGUGGGCUCUCGACUAAAUGAAAAGACGAUACAACAUAAAUGGAGUCACUGGGAUCAAUACCUUAAUCCACAAAUUAUACAGUCAGGAAGGGAUCUUACUCCGACUCCGGAAUAUGUUGGAAAGCGAAGUGGACACAAUAUGAUUAGGAUGGGAUGGAUGAAAAUUGGUGGAAGCUGGAAGUAUGCGAGAGGGUAUAAUGAUAGGCGUAAUGUGUUUGCUCGUGGACAGUGGCAAGAGCGUAAGAUGACUCCUCGAUUUAUGCUCGCACCUCGUGUUUCACCUGGUGGUCCACGCAAUCGAUAUGAAGGAAAACUGGUAUUUUCACGUCUAAAACUCAGUAAACUUCUUUGGGCAAUUGAUUCAGGACGUCUUAAUCCGAAUGAGGUGAUCACAUUGUAUCAUCUUCGUGAGGCACGAGUUGUAGCGGAACGUGAGAUUGUUUGGCCUGGAUUUGUACUUGUUAGUAGUGGUGUAAGCCAUGUUCCGUAUCCCAUACAUAUUGAGCUGCAAAAUGCGUCUGCUGAAUGUAUACGCCUGAUUGAGGCGGCUGGCGGCUCCUUCACUGGGGUGUACAUGACCCACGAGGGCCUCUACCAGGAGCUCCACCCGGAGGAGUACCCCGUCUUCCCCGACCAGGACCUGCCGGAGCGGAAGGGACUCGAGAGCCUCGCCACUCAUCCCGCCAAACGCGGCUGGCUCGUGCGGUGGUACGAGGACGAGAGCAAGUACGCACACCCAGAGGCGGGGCGACGACACUCACACUACGUGCGGCCACCAACAGACCGUGACUUUCCAGCAACGGUAGAAGAGUAUGAGAUGGUGAAGCACCACCAAAAGUGGCAUCUUAAUCAACCAGGAACGGGUACAGUACUGCCGUGGCAUUCAUACAAUACGGCUGAUUUGUUAAAACGAUCUUCUGGUCGUAUUUAA